AUGUUUUGGCCGACCGUGUUGGCGUUGUUGCAGUUGGCCGCAGAUGGACGGACGGACGAAUUCGUUCUCGGCUACUUGACAGGCUCGAGGAGACGGCCCGGCGACAUCGGGUACUCGAAACCCGGUCGCACGAUCAGCGGUGCAAUAUCGUUGGCCGUCGAGGAGAUAAACUCGGGAUCGUUUAAGGACAAAGGUCAUUCGUUGAGUUUUCUGGUAGCCGAAACGUAUGGAGAAGAGUCGACUAGUAUACUCGAAACGGCGGAAUUGUGGAAGAAAAAUAUCUCGGCUUUCAUCGGACCACAAGAGACGUGUCUGCAUGAAGCUAGAAUGGCCGCUGCAUUUAACCUGCCGAUGAUUUCCUAUUUCUGCAUGGACUCGGACACGUCGGAUAAAACGCUGUUCCCGACGUUCGCCCGCACACGUCCGCCGGACACUCAGAUAUCCAAAUCCGUGGCGGCGGUCCUGAAAGCUUUCAACUGGACUCAGGUGACGUUUUUUUAUUCGAACGCAGACGACACUCAUUUCGGUAAGAUCGCGUCUACCAUAUCAGAAGUUUUUUCCAAAUCUGGUAUAGAGAUCACGGCCAAAAAGACGUGGAACACACAUUAUUUUUACGGGUACACGGCCAAUCCAUUCGUUAAACUUGUCACCGACACGUAUCAAGACACAAGAAUAUACGUUAUUUUGGGAAAUUACUAUGAUCAUACCGGUCUGAUCGUGGCCAUGGACGAAAUGGAUUUGUUCAAAAACGGUGAAUAUUUCGUUGUGGGUGUGGACGUGGAGCAGUAUGACGCAGUAAACCCUGGGAAAUAUUUAACCGGAAUGUUGUCUGACAAACCUGAUCCUACUUUGGAAAAAGCUUUUCGGUCGUUUUUUAGUGUGGUGCCCACUCCACCUAGAGGAUUCAAUAAUUUCUCAGUCAAAGUCAACGAGUACAUGGAAAAACCACCAUUUCAGUUCCCCAAUCCCUUGGUGCAGUUGGGUGGCGUCAAACAGAUUUCUGUCGAGGCAGCGUAUCUGUACGACGCGGUUCAUUUGUAUGCGAGAUGCGUGCUGGAGAUGAUCGAGUGCGGUGAUGAUCCGAGGAACGGUUCGGCCAUGAUGGCCAAAUUCAAAGGUUCACACUACAAAAGCGCAUUGGGAUACGGAGUGUACAUGGACGAAAACGGUGACGCGGAAGGAAAUUAUACAUUGGUGUCACGGCAACGGCAAUCUGACGCCUCCAAAGGAUAUGGCUUAUUUCCAGCUGGUAGAUUCGCUAAGCCCCGAAAUUUAACCAAAAACCCGGAGUUGACGUUGGUGGUGAACGUCGAAUGGAUUUCUGGGAAACCUCCCGUGGCCGAACCAGCUUGCGGGUAUCGCGGCCAGAAGUGCAUCACGCACACUGCGGAAAUAUUGUCGAUCGUGGCCGGCACACUGCUGCUGGUCUUGGCCGUUAUCUCGCUGGUGUUCUACAGGAAUUGGAAGUACGAACAGGAGCUGGACAGCCUGCUGUGGAAGGUCGACUACAAAGACAUCGAGAUCAACGACACGGAGAACAGCAGCACUUCGUCGAAGAUAUCCAGAGCUUUGCAUCCAUUGAUUCGGACUAGCCAAGUCUCUUUAAGCUCUAACCCAGAUGCGGAUUUUCGUUACUCAUCAAUAUUCACAGCAGUCGGCAUUUAUAAAGGUCGAGUGUUUGCCAUCAAAAACGUGAAAAAGAAGUCUAUUGAUAUUACUAGAGCUAUGAAAAAAGAACUUAAAGUGAUGAGAGAUUUGAGACACGAAAACUUAAACGGAUUCAUUGGUGCUUGCACAGACCCUCCGAAUAUCUGUAUAGUGACUGAGUAUUGUAAUAGAGGUAGCUUGAAGGAUAUUUUAGAAAACGAAGAUGUGAAAUUGGAUAACAUGUUUGUCGCCUCAUUGGUAGCCGAUAUAAUUCGGGGUAUGUUGUAUUUACACGAUUCCCCAUUAAGAUACCACGGAAAUUUGAAGUCGUCCAAUUGCUUAGUGGAUUCUCGUUGGGUGCUGAAACUCACAGAUUUUGGUCUUCAGGAGUUCAAAAAGGAAUCGGAAGACUUUCCUCAUCAUUUUCUACAGCACGACUUUCGACUUCAAAAGGACGAUGAAGUGGAUUGCAAGUGUGAAGGACUUUUAUACAUCUCACCGGAGCUGUUGCGUUGCUACAACUCUUCUAUUCAAAUAUCAUUCGGAACUCAGAAAGGAGAUGUGUAUUCAUUCUCUAUUAUUCUCUAUGAAUUGCAUAGCCGUAAAGGUCCUUUUGGAGAGAACCACGGACUUGGGGUGUCAGAUAUUUUGAGAAAAAUUAUUUAUUAUUCACAACAAGAUGGUUCAAAUCCAUUUAGACCACCAUUGGAAUUACUAGAAAAUAACUUUGAUUUUGUCAGAGACUGUUUAGAAGACUGUUGGGCAGAGAAUCCAGACGACCGCCCAGAUUUUAAGACUAUCAGAGUUAAAUUAAGACCUAUGCGAAAAGGAAUGAGACCAAAUAUUUUUGACAAUAUGAUGGCCAUGAUGGAAAAAUAUGCUAAUAAUUUAGAGGUGUUGGUUGACGAACGAACCGACCAACUUGUGGAGGAAAAGAAAAAAACAGAUGCUCUGCUAUAUGAAAUGUUGCCGAAGUACGUAGCUGAGCAACUAAAAAGAGGACAUAAAGUGCAAGCAGAGAAUUUUGAUUGCGUGACAAUUUACUUCAGCGAUAUCGUGGGUUUUACAUCAAUGUCUGCAGAAAGCACUCCUUUUCAAGUGGUUGAUUUUUUGAACGACCUAUAUACGUGCUUUGAUUCGAUAAUUGAGAAUUACGAUGUUUACAAAGUAGAAACAAUCGGAGACGCGUAUAUGGUGGUGAGUGGUUUACCUAUUAAAAACGGUGACAUGCAUGCCGCAGAAAUUGCUACUAUGUCAUUACACUUGCUUGAAGCCGUGAAGAAAUUUCAAAUUAGACAUAGGCCGUACGACAGCCUUAGACUUAGAAUAGGGAUUCAUUCCGGUCCAGUCUGUGCCGGAGUCGUUGGUUUAAAAAUGCCCAGAUAUUGCUUGUUCGGUGAUACAGUAAAUACGACCAGUCGAAUGGAAUCCACCGGACAAGCGUUGAAAAUCCACUGCUCGAACGAAUGCCGGACUCUGUUGGAACGGCUGGGUGGUUAUCAGACCACCGAACGGGGAUUGGUCGAGAUGAAGGGCAAAGGCAACGUGCGCACAUAUUGGCUGGUGGGCGAGGACCACCUGCACAGAUUGAAGAGGGAUGAGUUCAGGGCCCAGCGCCGGGAGCAGCAGACAGGCAGCAAGCACCGCAAGUCGUCCAGACAUCAGAAGAGCGUGAAGGAUGGGCCACGGAGCUCGUUAAAGGUCCCGAAGACGACGAUGAACGGACAGUUGUCCAGGUGUUGCAGUUUGGAGUCGCCGAAGAAGUUGAGGUUCGCGAUGCACCACGACGAUGGCACCCCGGUCAGAAGGCGGCCGUCAGGCGUUGCCGAGGAGGAGGACGAAUACUGCUGCGACCGGCACCUGAGCGUGUCGUGCCCGUGCAUAGAUCAUUUCGAUCAAUCGGACCCGACGGCAGCUGGCAAACGGCCGACCAACUGUGGAGCGUUGCUGCAAGCCCCGGCGGUCAGGGUCCCUGGCUUCCCUCGAGUCAAUUCGGCGCCGGUCACGCCGAUGGCGGCCGACUGUCUGGAGAUGACAGCCGUGUCAUCACUGUCCGCCAUGGACGAUGUCAACGAACCGUUGAUCAAGUCGGACGACUACUGCAAGGACGGUGCCAUAACGUUCGUGUGA